CUUGGCGUUUUCAAUCACAAAAAAAAUUGUUUAUCAAUUUGCUUACACCGUAAAAGUCUUAUUUUGGACAAUAUUGGCAAUUUCAAAGUAAAUAAAAAUUAUUUCUGCUAGUGCAUGAAAUAAUGCGAUGUGUUUUUCCUCAAUAUCUGGUUUAAAAACGAUGUAAACAUGCACGUAAACAUGGAAGAGAUAGAGUGCAUUCUGUUAACCUCUAAGUGUAAAGAAAAGUGUUAUCAGGUGUAAUUAACUAGAUAAUAUUUAUAAAAUGGAUCUAAAAUGCUUGUUUCUGUUGCUUGGCAUCAUAUACCAAACGCUAGCCCAAAACGAUGAUUGUAAAAGAAAUAGUAGUCAAUGCGACUAUAAACCAAGCAUUCGCCAAUUAUCACAUACUUUAGCCAGUAAAUUUACGGAGAUUGUUAUUAAAGAGUUGGGCAGUGAGUACACUUCACAUUUGGAAGUUCGGACGGCAUAUAAAAUGAAUUGCUACUCAGAGUCUGAUAGCAGUAUACUAUCGAAUAUAGUGGAAAAAUUAGAAUACAAGCUAUCGUCUGCUAUGAAUAUUUUACUAGAAAUGAAUGAUGCUAUCACUAACAAUAGUACACCGUCAUUUACUCACCCAUGCCCAUUCAACUCAAUAAGAAAAUCUGUAUUUGUAAAAACAAACUAUGUCUCCGAUGAUACUCAGUCAAAAAUGUUAGAUCGAUUUAAAGAUUUGAAAAUAAAGAGGCAAUACUUCCUUGCACACAUGGAUUAUGCAACAGACAAAGAUUGUACAAAUAUGCCACACUCAAAUUUGAGAUACUUAUACCAUAAGGUUGUUCAUGGAGAAUCAAAGCUAGUUGUAUUUAUUAUUGAUAAUAACAUGAAUGCAGAAUCACUCCAACAUGCUGUAAAUAUUGCAAAGGAGACAGUAUUUGCUUUGCAGUCAAGUGAUUUAAUAGCAUUGAAAAUUACAAACAUGACAAGUUUUAUCAAAUUCGAAGAUACAUGCAGCAGCGAUGGAGCAUCUAACAUUGGGAAUGCUACUGAUAAUAACAAAUUACUGUUCCGUGAAUAUCUUUCAACAAUAGAUUUUUCCUCUUCAAGUCUAGCUCCACUAGCUAUUGGUAGUGAGUUAAAAAGUCUACUCAAUGAAACUUACUUACCAGAAAACAAGUUAAUUAUUUUCUUAACUGAUACUAAAGUGGUACAGAAUGAUGUGUGGCUAAAAAUAUUCCCACCGUCAACAAGUGAUAAAACAAAAUUUGCAAUUGGAUUAUUGUAUGAGAAUCAUACAGAUAGAAAUUUUUCAUUAGGAAUUUUACAUUUUGACAAGUGGCACAAUCAUUCAAAUGAACAUUCUGUGAUGAAAAUGCAUAUUAAUGAUAGUGGUGUGAUUGGUCAAGUGGCAUCUGCAUUUAUAUCUUUACUGCCAAAUAAUUAUGAGCACCAUUUAAAAGUCGAAACACCAAUAUGGGAAGCAACAGAAAGAGAUUUUAUUGUGUCAAUGGUGCAUCCAACAGCAAAUGGCAUUCUUGGCUUAGACUUGUACUGGUCAGACCUAGCUGAAGAUAUUAUCUACUUCCAAGGUACAAAUAGAAACAGACGGGCAUUCGUCAUGGAUUUUACUGGUAAGGUUCUCAUGCAUACUUACUUCCCACGGCCUGAAGCAGCUUCAGAUAAAAUAAAGUUCACAUCUUUAGACAGUGUGGAACCAUACACCUUUAUUAAUAAUGUUUCAAAGGAAAUUCUAUUCAACAGCACUGGUAAUUUGACUGUUAGUGAACAAAAUUCUACAACAAAAAUUAAUUACUCUUGGCAGUGGGUUGGAAAAUUAUACAUUGUGUGUAUUGUCACUGAAGAAUCAGCUCCUAGUUUAUUUAAUAAGUCAAAUAUAUAUUUUACGAGAACAAAUAAAGAGAUUUUAUAUCAUAGGAUAGAUUUGUUUCCACCAAAAAAUGGUAAGAUUUGUAGGCACUUUAAACAAAUUUCAACCAUAGAUCAGGGUACUGUUUACUUAAGUCCUUCUAGUUUUCAAUCGCCAUUCACUUAUCUAUAUGAUAUGAGCGAUGGCCAAGAAGCUAUUACUUACAUGCAAAAUUACUUGGCUUAUCUCAAGAGUGUCGCACACGGUCUAUUGUCAAAUCCAGGCUUGAAGAGUGAAAUUCAACAUGAUGUUGGAUUCUUAAAUUCUAUUCUGUCUUUUUAUAAGAGACAACAUUUACAUGGUGGUCUGUCUAAAUAUAUUGUGCGAAGAUAUGCAGUAACAGAGAGUGGGGUGCUUGUUAUGUUCCCUGGUACUGUACUAGAAUAUGACUAUGAACCUGUAAGACGACCAUGGUAUACACAUGCUGUAGAAACACCUGGAAAGAUAAUUUUAACCUCUCCUAAUUUAGAUGUGGGUGGUGCGGGGUAUGUUGUCACUAUUUCAUACUCAGUUAAAAGCCCCAUUUAUCCUACAAUGGUAGUAGCUAUGGAUGUCACUAUGGGGUUUUUGUAUAAACUACUCAUUGAUAGUUCUCCUCUAUGUGCCAUGUCAAAUAUUAAGUGUUUUAUUAUGAAUAAUAAGGGUUAUUUGGUGUCCCAUCCUGGUUUGAUGGAUCCAAACAGCUCUGGUCCUAUAGAACAGCAACAUAUUACUCAUAAAGAAUCAAUGAUAGCAAUUGAUAUGUUGAAUCAUAAGGGCUUUGUUACAAAGAGACUGUGCAAUAACUUCUAUGAUAAAACAAUACAGAGAUAUUAUGAAUUUAAUACCUCAUUGUCCUCUGUACUGUCUAAUGUCGUAUCGGGAGAUCAUUGUGUGCAUUAUUAUAUUGCUGCUAUUCCUGGCACUAAUGCCUUUGUUGGUCUUAUUAAUGCGUCGUGUAAUGUCGGCGCGUUUUGCCCUUGCAGCAUGGUAGACAGGCUUUGUUUGAACUGUAAUCGAAUGGAACAAACAGAAUGCGAGUGCCCAUGCGAAUGCAGCUCUGAAUCUUACGAUUGUCCUAAUUCAAAUACCUCAAAUUUUAACCAAAAUAUUCCUCUAUGUGGAAUGAAUCCUGAAGGCAAUAAUCAUAAGUCACAUUACUUUCACAACGUCGCUGAGAAUCUUAAGUCGUGUUUUGACUUUCAGUGUGAAACUUACAUGUCGCAUUCUGCUUGUUUAGGAGUAAUGGGAUGUGAAUGGUGCCAAAUAGACGCCGAUGGGCGAUCGCCACUCAUGACACCUUUUUGUACAUCACAAUCAACUUGUUUCAAUGGUGUUUUGGGUGCCGUAACGCCUUACGGUGAAGGUACAUUUGGGCACAUCAACCGAGAUGCAUUUGCUAGCUACUCUGCUAUAGGUCCCAUCGCUGGCUUUAUCGUAACAGUGAGUCUUAUAAUUGCCGUAGCGAUAUACUGCUAUAGGCAAAAUAAUUCGACGGCUAGUUGUCACAACUUAUAUGUAGACGGGCCAGCUGAAACAUGGUACGAUGCUGAUGUACAAAUGAGCCAUCUGCAGUCAGAUGAUAUGCCAGAUCAAUCUGGUCAGGAUAAAUUGUUACCCGCUAUGGAAAUAGAGGCUCCGAUAUCACCGUACCGCGUUAUAACGGGGUACAGACGGCCGCAUACAGCGGGAGGCUCUGACCACGGGUAUUCGACUAUGACUCCUCACGAGGAUUCAGAAGCGACCGGAUUCUCGGUCAACGAUCCAACCGUCCUAUCAGACGAUACCAAGUCUGACGUAAGUUUCCCUGCACCGGCAAAAGUAAAGCCUAGGCUCAUGGCCACGGAUUUAACAAUGACUGUGUUACCUUGUGGUAAAAAUAGUGUUAUCGCCCCGGUCACCGUCCACAGACACAUGGAGGCGUCCUAGAGAUUAUAGAUAUAAGUUUAACUACCUCUUGUGUAAAUAUAUGUUCAACUGCAGUAAGCUUAUUUGCAUUGUGAUAUAGUAGUUUGCCAUAGACCUAAGUUGUGUAUUGUUGAUUAAUGAUUUCCAGCAAUAACAAUUGUUUUCCUUAUUCCUAAUAAUUUGUGGUGCUCUAUAAAAUGGAAGGUGUAAAUUGUUUUUUAGUUUACGUGUUUAUAAGAAUUAAUUAACUAUGACAUGACUUCCAGUAUGUGUAAUUAAUGAAACUGUAUUUAUUUUAGUAGCAGAGUAUUGACAAAUUCAGAACAAAUCAUGUUUAUCAUAUAAUUUAUAUGGAUAUAUUACAUUACAAUCAUCUUCUACUUACAAUACAUUAUUUUUAGCUCAUGUACAUACAUACAAACUAUAAUAGAUGUGACUUGUUUAGUAUAUAAUUAAUAAAAUGCUUGGAUUUUUAUAUUAAUCAUAAUCAAAAGCAGCUAUGAACUAUCGUAAAAUAGAAAUUAUAAAACGUAUAUUUUUAAAUAUUUCAUUGACUGGUUUUUCCUAUAGUUAAUCUGAGAUAAUUAACGAACAAUUCGUAUUAUUUUUAAAGUGCUAUAGAUGUAGUUUUAGCUGUAAUUAAUAUUGUCGUACUUAAAAUCCUAUUCGUACUUCAUUGUAUAUUACUCCUAAGUACUAUUAAGUAUCCUAUUUUAAGAAUGAAGUAAAUACAGGAAUGAAAAUCACGAAACGGUUGUUAUAUACGAUGGUACAAUAACUUUUAUAUUUUUUUAAAUCAACUGUGUAUUUAGCUUAUAAGAUUUUAUAUUCUUGGCGAGGGAGCAACGCUAAUUAUUUAUUCUUAAGAUGAUUAUUAUUACCUAACUUUUUAAAUAUACGACUACCCGCUUAAAAGUUAAAUAAUAUGUUAUGCGGUUGUGAUGUUUCGUUUCAUACAAACAGUUCUUAAUUUGGUCUCAUUACUUGUAUAAAUACUAUAAAUUGUAUAUUUAUCAAGGAAAAGUGGUAUAUAUAUUAGUAUCUAAUUAUAAGUAAUAUAUAAUACAGUACUAACUAAAAAAAUCAUUUACCACUAAAUAUCGUUACUAACUGCAAUUUUGUUUGCCAAGUUUUCUUUUUCACCAAUAUUUAAUUUUAUAUUUUACUGUAGUUGCUCCCUAGAUCGAGAUAUUAUUGUAUUAAACGUGCCAGUGCCUCGUGUAUGUUAAGCUAAAUGGACGUAUUUUAAGACUGAACUUGAUGUUGCAUUUACAUUGUGUAAUAAAUUUCUUUUAAAAAAUA